AUGGCGUCUGUUCAGAAGAUGACAAAAUCUGAUGCCGUUAUUUUGACGCCGUUAAGUGAGGCGGAAUUGUUGCGCCGAGACGUCAUCACGCCGCAGGAUGUACUUAGGCUGAAUGCCAUUACGCAAGAAUACCUCUGCAAACCCUCAGCCAACAUCUACGAAAUAGAAUUCACCCGCUUCAAAAUCAGAGAUCUCGAAACGGAGCAGACACUUUUCGAAAUUGAAAAACCCGCAGACGACCAAAAUAACCAUUUCCCGCAAGACCCCGAGGACUCCCCCUCCAGAUACGUCAGAUAUCGAUUCACGAAAACAUUUUUGGAGCUGAAACACGUCGGCGCGACGGUCGAAUUUUGCGUGGGGAACAAGCCGAUCAAUCGUUUCCGCAUGAUUGAGAGGCAUUUUUUCAAGGAUCGACUCUUGAAAAGUUUCGAUUUUGAGUUCGGAUUUUGUAUUCCGAAUUCGCGGAACUCUUGCGAGCAUAUUUACGAGUUUCCCCAAUUGGCCACCGAGUUAAUCGACGAAAUGGUGGAUUCGCCCUACGAGACGCGCUCCGAUAGUUUCUAUUUUGUCGACGACGUCCUCGUAAUGCAUAAUAAGGCCGAUUACGCUUACGACGGC